CAAUCACCAAAUUAACUAGUUAUGGUGGCAUGCAUAACGUGGGAUGUGCUGUCAAAUUUAUUCAUAGCAUAAGAAUAAUCAAAGCGUGUAGGUAGCAGCAGAGAGGCCACCACGUUUGUCACAAAUUUGACAAACAAGAAGAUCAAGUGGAGGACCGCGACGCCUUCUACUUUCAUUAUUUCGACUGCCGCGAGGAAGACCAUUCCCGAGUCCAGCAUACGAUCAAAUGUGGCUACCUCCUCAACCUCGGCUUCGAUUUCCUAAAGAAAAGAGAGCCAUGUGUCUACUCUCAUAAGCGGAAUUAGCGAGGCUAUAUUUGUUUUCUAUCUCAAGGUUGAUUUCCUCAGAGACUACGUGAUAAAAACAUUGGUGUGGAGUGUGAUUUCAUGGACGACGCUGUUCUUGAUGAGCACAAAGCUUCUGCCCCGCCGCUCCUUCAACUUCUGCAACCGGACCGUUUCGGUGGUCCACGCCUCCUUGGCCGUCACGCUGGCUUCCCUCUCUGUUCGCGACUGGUCCUGCCCGGUUUGCCCCCUCGCCUCCAUAUCUACCCCUCACCAGAUGCGGAUUUUAGCGAUCACGGUGGGGUACAUGAUCUAUGACUUGGGAUGUUGCUUAUCUCAUAAUCAGUUAAAGGCGGAUGAUUUGGCCCACCAUUUGGUCAGCAUUUUGGGGAUUGGAGCCGGACUUGCCUAUCGUAGGGUAAAUUUAAUAAUCAUAAAAAUACUCCUUCCGUUCUCAAAAAAACUUCUUCUUUCAUUUUUUCCACUUCCAACAAAACACUUCCCUUUUCUAUUAAAAAACCAUUUUUACCCUUACUUUUUCAUACCCUACCUAUCACAUCAUACUUUUUCUCUAAUAAUCUAUCCAUCACAUCUUACUUUUACCCAUCACAUCAUGGGCAAAAUUGGAAAUCAACUAUAAUUUAACACUUCCUUAUUUUUGCCCCAAUUCCAAAUGGGAAGUGUUUUUCCAAACGGAGGGAGUACUAUUUACCCACCACAGCUGCCUCCAUGCUUGAUAAUCAUGCACACACUGACCGUGCUACAGUGCCCCCAUGCAUGACAUUACAGACAAUUUUAUACCUAAACAGACAAUAAUCAUCAGUAAACAACGCAGACGAUUAUCGCAUGUGCAGGUAUAAAAUCGUCUGAAUUAUCACUCGUGGGAGAUUGAGUACUAGGUUUUUAGCAUUAUCCAUUUUACUAUUCCCUGUUUGGUGGUCACUAAAUUAUCAGUUCAUCUCAAUUUAUUCACUGGGGUACAUGAAAUCAUCAGUGUGGAUCAGAAAUGGUGGCAGCAUUGUGGGUCACAGAAGCUUCUAGCCCUUUCCUCCACAUGAGAGAGUUUCUCAAAGAGUUGGGAUAUAGAGACACCUACCUUAACCUUGCUGCAGAUAUAUGUUUCGCGGUCAUUUUCUCUUUCGCGAGGAUGAUUGUAGGAUCCUACCUUGUUUAUGCCACUCUAUCGGCCGAUAAUCCCAUCCUAAUCCAGGCAAUGGCUGUUGGGCUGCUAGUUGUCAGUGUGUUCUGGUUCUUCAAGAUUCUAAGGAUGAUGGUCUACAAAUUGUCCAAAAGAAAACCAAAAAAGAACAAGUAGCAGCUUCAUUUCAAAGAAUAUAUUGAUCGAUGUUCAUUUUAGUGUUUGGUAUAUUUGGAAUGAAGCUUCAUUUAAUAUUCGAAAUGAAGCUUUAUUUCAAAUAUUUAUUUGUUCGCUACUCCGAUCCGUGUAAAUUAAUUAUUAUUUUUUUUAAAAAAAAGGGUUAUAUUUU